AUGAACUUUGAAAGACAACUCUAUGAAACAUAUCAAAUAGACCCAGAUCAAUUACACAAAAAUAUGAAUCAAGACAAUCUCAUUCUAUUAUGUCAAUUGGCAGAUUAGAGUGAUAAUGAAAUCACACUCCAAAUUGUGGGAAGCUUGGUAUCCACAUACAUCGAUCAAAACCAUCAAAAUACACCAGAGUUUGGUAAGAUAUUUGAAUUUGCAUGGAAUAGAAUCAAAAGAUUUACUACUCAUUCACGUCCCGUCUAUCAUUUUUUUGCAUCCAUAAUUGCCAACAUCGUCUUGCACUUUUAUGAUCAAAUACCUGUUUAAUAUUUUAAAGAACAAGCCCAAAUAAUCAAUAAACAAGUGUACCUCAUUAUCAUCGACACUGUACUCAGAAGAUUGCAACCAUAAGAUCGAGUAGGAGAAUUCAAGAUCCUUGAUUCAAAACAAAAAAUAGUCAGGCAAUAGUUCUUCAAGCACAAUCUUGAUGCCCUUCUUGAAAUCAUCACUGCCAGUUUGAUCGGAAAUAAUAGCAAUCCAGAUUUACAAUUGUUGGAUAGUGCGAUCGAUCUACUGAAUUUGCUGUUAUCCUCAGAAAUUAGAGAGGACUUCAAAGAAAAGGAUUGGCACAAGAUCAAAAGAGCUGAAGUAAAAAACAAAAGAAACUUGUAAACCAUCAUGAAGGAAAUCAAAUUCUAAAUCUUGGAUUAAAAUGAACUUGAAAAGAUGAUACAAAAUCAACAUUUAGAUCACAUGGAUCCUAUCACUAAUCACAUCAAAAUGGUUUGGUCCAUUGUCAAAUAUCAGUAAUUCAUUGCUAAACUCACAGAAUUGUUACCUUUAAACAUUAAAAUAUGGGAGUCUCUGGGUAAAAUUUGCAAAAUUUACUAAAAAUACUAUUCCAAUGAUAAACAAAGCAUAGAAAUUAUCUAUCAAAUCACAUCCAACAUUAUGGUAUCGGACAUAUCCAAAAUUAAUUCUAUUAGUUUGCUUAAUUUUGCUGGCAAGACCAUCUUUGCCAAUCACACCCAACAAUGGAUUGAACUUAACUUGAAUUUAAUCAAGACUUUGACCACCAUUGAGGCUAUUUAAGUGGGACUUAAGUUCCUGAGGAAUCUUGUUAGAUUUCAAAGAUAAUAUGACUAUAGUUAGUUACAUUCCUUUGUUAUGCCCAUUAUUGCAAGCUUUUUUAAUUCUUGGAUUAUCCAGAACAACCAAUGGAUCAAUGAUAAAUUCUUGAGAAACAAUAUCAAACACAUUUUGAAAGAAAUCAGUUGCUUUAUGAUUGAAUAAUACUUAGAGUUCUUUGCCUAAAUAAUUCAAUUAAAUCCUGAUCAAAAUGUCCAGGAAUUUGCAUUCAAGUAUUAUGCUAUGGGAUUGUUUGCAUCUAUCAAAUGCACAACAUAUCAACUAGAUGUUAUUAAUAAAUUACAAUUCUACAAGAUGGAAUAGUUUCUGUAUCCAAUUAACUUAGAUUUGUUUAAGCAAUUUCACUAUUAGGAACUUUAUAGCAAGGCUUUUGACUUCGCAUUCUUAUACUUAAAAAAAUAAUCACCUUUUACAGACAGAUUCUUGUAUAAGAUUUGGAAAGUCCUAUUUGAUCAAUAAGCUCUUAUUAAGUUUGAGGACAUUAUUUAGAAAAUGUAAAUUGAUAGAAAAACUAUCUUUAAUUUUAGUCGAAUAUUCCUAUUCAAUGACUAAGAAUUGAUUUUGAAAUCCUUAAAAAUUUUCAUCAAUGCUAAAGUCAAAAUGGAAGAUGAAUUUUAUUAAAUAAACCAAAUCAACAUACCAAAAGAAUGCUUUUCUGAUUUUCACGAAUUUAGAGUCAUCCCCAAUCAAAAGAUCAUCACUCACUAUCAUAAGGUCAAAAUGUAUUUGCUCAAUGUUGAAAAUGAAUCCAUUAAAGAUUAAUUAGCAUCUGAUCAACUCAUAUAGAAAUUUAAGAAUGAUGUUCUGUAGUUUUUAGAUCAAAUUUAAAACACUGGAGAUAUCGUUUUUAUCCUACAGAGCAUGUUGAAUGAAAAUGUUAGGAGUCUCUAUGGUGUCAUCAUGUAGAUUAUUGAUGAUAAGGCUUAUUUGAAUUUAUUUGCAUAAGCCAUCAAUUUUGAUAUGCUCAAAUUGACUCGGAUGAUGAUAAAUACUACUGGAUAGAUUGGCUAAUUGAAGUAAGUCAUGAUUGAUCAGCUUUAUGAGUGGAUUUUGCUUGUAAUUUAGAAAGUAUAAUUCCAUUUGGACUCUAUAAAUAAAGAAUUCAAUUAAGAAAGGUAAUUGGGGCAAAAAAGUAUCCAAAAUAUUUACAAACUCUACUACAAGCCUUUGCUCUAAUUAUUGAAGAUAUUCCAAAAUUUGAAAUACCUAAAUCGAUUGACAACAAGCAAGAAGCAAGUUAGAAAUCAGAUCUAUUAAUCGAUCCUACUAAUUUUCAAAUAUAUCAAUUUGAAUGACUUAAGCAAUUACAUUCAUAAGAUGUCUCAGCUGUUCUAUGUUAUUCAAUGGUUGUUGGAAUUUGAAAUUACCAGAUAAAUGAUAACUGAUGAGAUAUUUGGAUACAUUUUAGACUUUAUUAACUGUGCCCUCUUAAUACAGGAGAAACGAUCAUUGAUGACCUGCUUGAAGAUCAUAUCUGACAUCUAAACUUACGAUUAGUUCAGCCAUUCAUAAUAUAUUCAAUAGAGAUUAAUUGCAGAGAAUUGUCUAUUUGGUGCUUUCCUGUAUAACAUAAGAAUCUCAGAUAUAUCAGUCCUGAUCUUGAGGUACUUCCAAAAGAUGCCCAAUGAUUUCAAUGUUCUAUUCUCUAAAAUCAAACAAAGAAUGCAACCAUACAAAAGUUAAGAAUGGGAUCAAAUAAUAAAUGUCAAGUUAGAUAAGCUGUACUCCAUCAUUCCCAAAUAAUAAUAACUUGCUAAAGGAGCAGCACAAAACAAAUAAAUAGAAAAGACCUUCGCAGAUUAUUUUUAUUAAGUAUAAUUAUUUUAUAAUUAUCAUCCAUGAUUAUUUUAAUAUAUAUUCAUCAUUAUCUAAAUUAAAUUUC